GCAAUUUGCGGCAUUGGUGCGCGCACAGCCAUCCGCACUCGCAAGACUGUACGCUGUAUAGUAUUUCGCCCGCUGCGCACGGCUGAGGAGGCUCCAAGCCGAAGCAGCGCCGCCGUGCCAAAAAAGCCUUAAACAGCUAGGCAACCGCAGCCAUGGGCCAGGGCGCCUCGCAGGAAGAGGCCGACGCGACGGGCUAUCGAGUCUUGGGCGUCCAGCCCGGGAGCCCCGCGUCGGCCGUGGGACUGGUUUCCUUUUUUGACUUUGUCGUGGCGUGCGACGGCGUCGAGUUGCGAGAGCUCGACAGUACCUUUAUAGAUAAAAUAAAGGGCAGCGAGGACGUGCCCUUGCCUUGUUCGGUCUACAAUCUCAAGAGCCGACGGACGCGCGACGUCUCGAUCACGCCGACGCGGAACUGGGGCGGGCAAGGCAUGCUGGGCGUGACCAUACGCUUCGACACGUACUACAAGGCCGACGAGUGCCUCGUGCGGGUGCUGUCCGUGGCGGACGGGUCGCCGGCGCAGGCGGCGGGCUUCAUCGCGGGCGCCGAUUAUUUGCUGGGCACGGCCGAGCGUGUUUUUUCGGACGCGGACGCGUUGUUGGACGAGUGCCAGUUGCACUUGGAUGCGGCGAUCGAGGUUUAUGUCUACAACGUCGACAGCGACGAGGUGCGCGUCGCCGUCGUCGUGCCGACGUACCAGUGGGGCGGCGACGGGUGUUUGGGCGCGGACGUCGCGCACGGCUACCUCCACCGGCUGCCGACGCGCUGCCGCGGCUCCGACGGCGUCUCCGUCGAGCCAGACCGGCCGGCGGCGCCGAACGCGGCCGUCGCGACGGGUGCGAGUCCUCCUCCGCCGCCGCGACAUCCGCCUCCACCCCUCUCUUGAAUUGAACCGGAGGUCGGGUAAAUACAGG